CGCAGCUCGAACGUGAUUGGUUACUUUAGCUCCUUUCGUCAACCCUGCUUUGUUGUCAAGGUCUUCAAUCGGUUUCUACCUACCAGCUGUAUAGUGCGCCAAGCGUAGAAAUCCCCAUCUAGUUCUGAGUUUCGGUAGAGAAUAUAUUGUAGUUUUCAAUUCUUUGAAAUUGACGUUCUCUUAAAUUGGCGUUAUUAAAGGAGCAUAAUUUCUCCCUGACCAACCAAGUACAAAAUUUUGGUUCUUCAGAUAUGAAUGUUGUCAAAACUUGUAUACACAUAUAUAUGACAUUCAACUUUGUUACAUGACGUUUGAUCCUGCCUGAUUUGUUGCCUGUAGUUAAAGCUACCUGUUAAAGGCUACUAUGUGCAAACACAAAUCAGGUGGAAUGAGCAAGCCAUCGGGAGCUACCUCUCAAGGUGGUCUCACUGAGAGAACAACUGCCUCAUUUUCUAGUCAUAAUUGUCCUCAAAAUGCUAGUGGAGCCUCAAGUUCCCAAGUUUCCAGUGCUACAAGUGUAAAUACAGAUUCAUCAUACAACUCUCAAAUGAGGAAUUUUACUGUGGUACCUGCUGCUUCAAACUCUAAUGCUGAAAGCUGCAAUAUUUCUUGUGAUACGCACAUCUUUCUUCCAAAUGAUGAAGCACAACAGUGCUCUGGUGGGAAAAAAUAUGAAAAUAUUUCAUUCAUUCCAAAUGUUCAAGAAGUGGAUUGCCAUGACUAUGGGGAGUCGGAUGAGGAUGAUACUGAACAGUCGCCCAUGCUUAUGAAAGAAACAUGUGGAAUGUAUUGUACUCCUGCAGAAACCUGGACUCCUAAUAUGCUUUCUGAAAUGGAAUUCAAUAAGGAUAUCUUGAAACCCAAGCAUUUUAAUCCAUGUGAUCCAUAUCCACAUUCUAAUACCGAAAGAAGAGACAGAAAUAAAGCUAUGAACUGUGAUAAUUUUUCAUCUUACCAUAACUUUCAGCCUCAAAGUACUUUUCAAGAGCCGAUAUCUUAUUUAUCGACACAACGUGGUGCAAUGGCUUGUUCUAAUUACUUUGAAAAUGCAAUUAGUGAUUAUGAUGAUUCUCAGGCAGCUGAUUUAAGUGACUAUACAUAUGCAACGAAGUCCAAGAAGUGGUUUCUCAAUCAAAAAUGUAAAAGUGCAGAUAGUGAACCUGAUUCUUUUGCUGGUCGUAUCCCUGCUAUUUGCAGUCAAGCCAUGCCUGCAAUCAGUUACACAUAUGUUCAAGAUCAAAGUACAAAUAUCCCUAGACCUCUCAUGAGUGAUAGUAAUAAUUAUCUGAAACCCACUUAUGUUAAUGGCAUUGAUCCAGUUGCUGGACCAUCUGGUAUACAAAGACCUAGCAGUAUCAAUUGGGAAAUUGGUACAAAUAAUAGAGAUGGAGAAUUCCGUAGUAGAAGUUACAGCCUCACACCUACAGUGAAUUUUGCAGUGUUUGAAUCUGAAUCUUCCAGUGAAGCAGAAGAUGUCCAAGAGCCCACCAUAUCUCAACCUGCAGAUGUUCCUAUGAGCAAUGAACUCAGUAUAAAAACUAUGGAUGAUCCAUUUGAAUUAUCCAUGAUGUCAUUAGGAAAAGUAAUUCCCAUUUCCCCUUCAGCUGCUCAACUCAGCAUAGCCAGUAGUUAUGGAGAAAAUGGAUCUCCUAUAUGCAAGAUCUGUCAUAUGACAGCAAGAGAAAAUGAUCCAUUAAUUUCUCCAUGUAGAUGUUCUGGUACAAUGCAAUACAUUCAUUGUGGCUGCCUUAUGAGGUGGUUAGAAGUAUGUCAUAAACGUGGCCGCAGACCUGCCAGUUGUGAACUUUGCCAGUAUCAAUAUCAUUGGCAUAAAAAAUUCAAGGUUCGACAUUGGAAGUUACCACCAUGUUCUAGAAAAGAUAAAGUCCUUCAUCUCUUAUUUUUCUUGGCUGUUUUGCUGAUGGUUACAUGUGCAUCCAUAACAGUCUUAUGUUUUAAGCAGGACAAUGGGACCAAAAUUGACCCUAAUCGUACAGAACUGACUCAUUCAGAGAUAGUGACUCUUGUAUGUGGAGUGUUAUUUUUUCUUGCAUUUUUUAUUGCUAUGUAUGUGGAAGUAAAAUCUCAUGAUACUUUAUAUCAAUUGCUAGUCAAGUUUAUACACAUAAAUCAACAAUGGUACAUUGAUGAAUAUGAGAAAAAGGAAACUGCACCGGUAGCAGUUUGACAUUAAUGAUAAUAUGAGAGCAUUUCUUAGCUCUCAUAUUAUCUACAUAAAACUAGAGGAGCAGUAUUCCUUUCAGAACUCCUCCAAUUGAACUUGCUUAAGCAUUUUAUAAGAAUUUCUCUAGAAAUACAUAUUAAAUGAAUAUUCAUUUUUUCUAUUUCUAGUUCUUUCUUGAUCUCUUAAAAAUUUUUUGCAUCCAAAGUAUACAUUUGCAUGUUAAUAGUAUUACUGUUGUAUUACUUGAAUGAUGUACAUAUUUUUCAACUUAACCCUGUAUUAGCUGAUUGUAAUUUUAGUACUUUCACGUCUUAGGAAUUUGAAGUUAUCAGCAUUAAUACAAUAGUGUAUAAUAAAACUGAAAUUUUUACAAAA